AUGGGUAUACUGGGUAUACUAGGGGAUAGUCUUUCAGAUUGUAUCAACAAUAGCAUCUUAGAUGGAACAUUUCCAUCAUUUCUAAAAAUGGCGGAUGUUUUACCGUGUCUUAAGAAAAAUGACCCAACAGAUAAGGCUAACUAUCGCCCUAUAAGUAUUCUACCCGCUCUCUCCAAAUGGCAUGAAUGCCACUUAUUAAUUAACAAUGGAAGUAUUGUUGGAACAUUGUUAAUGGAUCUAUCUAAAGCAUAUGAUUUCAUUCCGCAUGACCUACUUAUUGCUAAAUUAGAGGCAUAUGGUUUCUUUAAAGAAAGCCUUAAAGUUCUUAUAUCAUAUAUUAGUGGUCGUAAACAAAGGAUACUGAAUUGUGCAAUUUUGCAUAUGAUAAUACGCUGUAUGCGUGUGAUUACAGCUUAG